AUGAGGCAGAUAGAUGACAACUGGCUGAAGAUCACCCAGUAAAUCUUGGACCAGCUAGCUUCUGAAUCAGUGCAUGCUUGAAUGAAUCACAAAAAGGAGGCUUCAUUAUUCUCUGGUAUCAGUUGUGGGCUCAGAGGAAACAUCUUAUUUUGUAUGUAACUGACCUAUGUUUUGAUGUCUUACGCACACUUGUACCUAAGAUUGUUUCCUGUAAUCUGAGUGACUUAAUUGGAUUAAAGCCAAAAGUAAAGCAAAGCAGAUUGGCUGAGUUGAGAGAUUGUGUUGGUUUAAUAAACUGAGAUGAAACCAUCUUCUGUCCAUGCUAGCAUUUGCUCUAUUCCCUACUUAGAGAAGAAAAAGCAAAAGUCACCACUUAAUUAUAGGUUCUGUUUUCAUCUACCCAAGGAAAUUGUGGUUAGAAGCUUCAUUAUUUGAAGUUGGUUUAAGGUUUGGCUAGUUCCAAUACUUAUAAAUGUAGAUUUUUUAGGCCAAACAGGGAAACUAUGAUUAAUUGAAGUUGUCUGUUUUCAUUCAGGUGUAGGGAAGGGACUUGUGUUCAUGGGCACAAGGCUAAUUCAUACCUUACCAUAAUAAUGUGAGAUACUGUCAUCCAAAUGCAGUUACAUAGGGGUAUGCUUGUUGUCACUUGACAUGUUCAAAGUUAAUUCCCUAGAAAUUAGACAUGUGCAGAAUACUUAUAUAUAGCUUCUUUCCUACCCAGAUUUUGGCAUCCUCUCUUAGACAUUUCAAGUAUGUGUUUUAUUGGACAGGAACUUUGGUAAAGAGAUUGGUAUAUGUCUAGUGGCCAUGUGUGGUCCACAGAGACUGCAGGAUCUUACCCGUGAACUGUUGGACUUUCACAUGCUCUUCAUCUACAAAAUGGGAACAGAAAUUUCUUAUUUCAAAGGAAUAUUGAGACAAAUGAGAUAAGAAUUGUGAAGCACCUUCUAUACAGAGUUAUGUAAACAACAUUAAAUGCUUUGUACUUCUCUUUGACUGCAUUCUGUUGGGCCUGCAAAAUAUCCUAACCAAGAAUACUGUGGAAAACUCUCUAGCGUUACUUGCUUUAUUGUUGAGAAUACUAGCAACCUAUUUAGGUAAACCUUCUGUUUUAGAUUACAUCUUAACUUUCUUAUGAAAUAAAUUGCAGCCUGCAAAGGGAAUGUAUGUGUUAAUCUCCAAGCAUGGAAAACAUAAUCCCUGGCAUGUGGCUCUUUUAAGAUCUGACACUGAUCUGUAGAGGUGAUGCAUUGUAUGUGAAAGAUGGCACAGAUCUGUCUGUUAAAAGCACUUGUUUUAUAUCUGUGGAAGGCAUUGGAGUUAUUGUCAGUUUCUAAUUGUCUCAAAUUGAGCAUGACCAGUACUACUAACCAGAAUUGCUACAGUAUUUUGCUGUAGUAACAUUAUAGCAUGCUUUGGGAUAUUUCCUCUGUCCAUACAGAGCCUCUGUAUGUUUUCCCCUAUCCUCUGGUGACAUCACCUUUUACUGGUCCAGUUUGCAUCUUUGCAGUGAUGGUGCCAUGUCAUUCUGGGCAACAGUAUUUCUGUGAAGGGUGGGGAGGAAUGAGAACUUUGUGAAAUCAGAUGCUCUGGCAUUCUUGACAAGGCAAUUCUGUUGCAAGGGGGUAUGUAAUGGUGAAAAGCAAAUGGACUCAGUCUGGGCCUUCCCCCUCCUCCUGGAACAUCAUUGACUCCUCUCCAAGCUGUUGGAAAAUGCUUUCUUUCUCUGUCAGUGUGUGUUCAUCUGUCCGUCCUUGUGUCUGUAUGUAUGUGUUUAUAUCCCCUAUUUCACAGGUCAGGUUAGCUUUCAAGGAUUGACAGUUGUGCCUUUCCUCCCUCCCCCCCAAAAAAGUUUUUGCCUUGAAUAAUUCUGUAGUGUCCCAAAAUAGUCUGAGAGUUUUGCUGCAAUACAGAUGACAUUUAUGCUAGAGGGAACCUCUGGCCAUUGGGUGGAGCCUUGUUGUUCCUGCACUGUAUACUCCUCUCUCUGCUUGAAUUUUUGCUGCAAGCUUUUAGUAGGCUUGGCUCCCCUCUGCUCACUAGUGAACCAGGAUGUUUUGCAUCUUGUUCCUUCUGCUAGCCUCAGAGCAAUUUUAAUUCCUUCAAGCCUAUGUAGAAUCUUUAAUUCUGCUAAUGGGCUCCCUGUAUAUCCUAACUUUAAGAGCUGUUCUUUCUGAUUUUCUGAGCUAGUGCUGCUUAGCCACAGGCAGGAAUGCCAUCAAUCUGUGAAUUCCAUUUCUAGUUAUUGAUUUGGCUUACCUUUCUAUCCUGCCUUUCCUCCAGGGAUCUCCAAGUGGCAUACAUGACUGUCAUCUUCUAACCUCCCCUCUGUGAGGUACCUGGUAGACCCCAUCCAUAAGCCUGGGGUUGGAGCUCUUCCAUUGCCACUAGUCUCUUUGCUCUUUGGCUCUCCAUGCGAGCCAGAGACAAAUGGAUGCAAUUGCAAGUGCCAGCCUCAAGAGGAAGUUUGAUGAUGUGGAUGUGGGCUCGCCCGUGUCCAACUCUGACGAUGAGAUCUCCAACAGUGACAGUGCAGACAGCUGUGACAGCGUCAAUCCGCCCAGCUCUACUGGCUUCAUUCCAACCUCCAUCUUGAAAAGGCAGAAACAAUUGCGCAGGAAGAACGUGCGCUUUGACCAGGUGACAGUGUACUAUUUCGCAAGGCGUCAGGGAUUCACCAGCGUGCCAAGCCAAGGGGGAAGCUCCUUGGGCAUGGCCCAGCGCCACAACUCCGUACGCAGGUACACCCUUGGGGAAUUUGCCCAGGAGCAAGAAGUGAAUCACCGUGAGAUUCUUCGAGAACACCUGAAGGAGGAGAAACUCCAUGCCAAGAAAAUGAAGCUAACAAAGAAUGGCACCGUGGAGUCAGAGGAGGCGGAUGGCUUGACUCUUGAGGAUGUCUCCGAUGAUGACAUUGACGUCGAGAACGUGGAAGUGGAUGACUACUUCUUCUUGCAGCCGUUGCCUACCAAACGGCGCCGUGCCCUCCUUCGGGCUUCUGGGGUUCACCGUAUUGAUGCAGAGGAGAAACAGGAACUCCGCGCCAUCCGUCUCUCCCGGGAGGAAUGUGGCUGUGACUGCCGGCUGUACUGUGAUCCUGAGGCCUGCGCUUGUAGCCAAGCUGGAAUUAAAUGCCAGGUGGACCGAAUGUCCUUCCCAUGCGGCUGUUCCAGGGAUGGCUGUGGAAACAUGGCCGGGCGAAUUGAAUUCAAUCCCAUCCGGGUGCGGACUCACUACCUGCACACCAUUAUGAAACUAGAGCUGGAGAAUAAGCGGCAGGUGAGCCGGGCCCAGACUCUGGAUGAUGAGACUCCUCCCAGCUCCAGCAGUGAUUGGCUGGGCACCCAGUCCCCAGAGACGCAGGACUUCCAGGAGUUCAUGGCUGAGAAUGAGACUGCAGUCAUGCACCUUCAGACAGCAGAGGAGCUGGAGCGGUUAAAGGCUGAGGAAGACUCCAGCAGCGGCUCCAGCAGUGUGGAGAGCCUCGGGGUGUGCAUUUUGGAAGACCCUCUUGCUGUCUCCGAGGGGAUGUGCCCCAGCCUGGCCACACCCAUCCUCAUUCAGGCCCAGCUGCCACCAGGUUCCUCUGUUCUAUGCUUUACGGACAGCUCUGAACAGGCGAGCUCGGCUGAGGGUGACCAGCCCUUCUUGAACAAUGGGCCUGUCAUGUACUAUCAGGUCGACCAAAGGUCGGUGCUGGGGGUGAAAAGCGAGAGCAGUGCAGAGGAGUUGGAGGUAGCCCCUCGCUAUACAGAGGAGAAGGAGCUGAGUGUCUAUUCUGUCCCCAUGGCCUCCCUGGUGCCUUGUGGCCGAGCCACAGCCUCCAGCCGGGCAGAAGCAGGCAAGGCUGCUGUGUCCACAGAGUCCCUUCCUUCCGAGAGCUGUCAGUCUGAAGCUCCUCUGCCAAGCCCGCCCUUCCACACAAACGUGCCGCAGGACAGUUUGCGGCCCCAGAGUGCAGGGCAAUCUCCAGAGAGCAGUUGCGAGCUUCCGUCUUCUGAGGAAUGCUCCCUGGGACCGGCUCUGACUGCAUGACACACCCCAGCCCAGCUCAGCUCUUAUCUUGACGAUGUCUAUUUAUUGACAGUGGUUUUACCGAAAGGCCUGAGCCACUGGAAAUUAUUUAAGGGGGGAGGGGGAGAGGAGGUGGACUGCUUUGUACAGGCUCACCCUAAAUUUAACUAAAUCAAGCGCUUAUGGCUGCCUCAAGGUAAGAGGGUCCUUUUGCAAAUCGGGUGGCCUCUUGAGACUGACGGGGCUGGACCAUAGACAAGGGACAGUCCAGACAGAGCUGCUAUGUUGGAGGCACCUUACCCCAUCCUACAAGGACCAAACGUGAAUGUGUCUCAUGGAAGCAAUAGAGCGAAGCUGCCUUUCUCCUAAAGCGCUUGGCAGGUUUGGGGCAAGGGGGGCAGAAGAGGACUGUGUUACUGCUAUUCAAUAUCAAGAAUCUGUAUGUGCAGUGGAAUCUCCUUCUCCAUCCAGUUGCUCAUCCCAGGUGAAGCGGCUGCCGUCUGUACCAUCCUGUCAUCUUCCGUGCUUUGUCUUCUUGGUAACUGUGAUCUUACCUGCUUUAACAGCUUUGACCCAUUUACACACCUUAGGCUGUACAAACGUUUUAUUUAUGUGACAUUUGCGACACUUCUUUCCCUGGAAAAACUAUAUAUAUUUUUAAAAAUUCAGUGCGGAUUAACUUUGAUCAUGACUGGCCACAUCUACAGUUUGGCAUGCAACUGUUGGACAGAACCAUUUUCACUCUGGAAUCUCCUGGCCUUACCAGUAGCUUCAUCCAGACUGUCUCUGUCUUGCUGGCCCUCAGUGGGGACUACCGAGAUUAAUUGGAUUAAAUUAUUUUUAAAUGUGCUGACUGUUUACUAGUGCAUAUUGUGAGCCCAUGACCUGUAGCUGACUCUCCAGUGUGCAUUCUGGGCUGUGGGGGGAUCUGCUGCCUCCGUGACUUUCAAGCCCUCCUGGGGUCUGGUUCUAUGAACAACGACUGCACCAGGGUGCAGUAAAGUUCAACUUCUCAGUGGAGAUUUAAGUCUCUGUUGAAGUUUCUGGUGGACAGAAGGUAUACAGAAUACUUGUCCUUCUUCCGUCCCAUCAUUUUAUGAUUUACCCCCUUCUCUUCAGCUAUGAUAGGAUGUUCCAUUCUGGUUGCACAAGCUUGGAGAGGAAAGCCUUCUGUUCCUCCGCUUUCUGAGAGCAGCCUAGCAUUCUGGAUGCAUUUGAAUGGCAAGAGGCCGAUAUGCAAUGGAAUUGCAGCCUGGCACAUGGCAAGCACAGGGCCAGUGCAAGUGCAAUAGGGUGGCAAUGGAGGGAACGCCCGCAUUUUAUGCAUCGCUGUGGUCUCCAUCUCAAGGAGGUGUGCAAUUAACUGUUCCAGUUAGUCCUGGAAUAGAAGGGGAGAGAAUGGGGUAACAGUAGAGGUGUCACUCUCCCUCUUUAUUUUAGCGACCACUUUCCUCCCUGUAGAAUAACAAAAGCACUUUUACCCUCCACUGUCCUAGGCAUCUUUCUCCCAUAUGUUUUUGUCAUGUAUAGAUUAUUGCUUUCCUCUACCUGUCCUGACCCAGAAAAAGGGAACGGUAGCUGUGCUGGUCCAGACGCAGAAAAUCCAAUAUGCAUACCAGCAGUUGAGUGAAGGGUCAUCUUUUGGCUUCAACCUAUCCCAUAAUGGUUAAGGGUAACUAUGUAUCUUUGCAAACCCAUUUAGAAGAGCCCAAGCUUCUGAGAUGGAUCUAGCUCUCUGGUGUACUGAAGCAAAUGCCCAGGAAAGGGCCAGCAGGGAUGAGAAAAGGAUUGCUUGCGACUUGUCCUUUCACCCACAGUGCUACAACCCAUGGAAAUCUCCUAUUGCUGUGUGGAUGGGACCACAAAACUGACAGAUUUUAACUAUAAAAAGCCUUCACUAUGAAUCUUCCUUUUUUCCAUCCAGAGCUUUCCUUGUGCUUUUUAGUGCAUAUGAUACACUGGAAACUUACGUGCUUUGCCUCAUUGUUAAAUACUUGCCAUCUCACCGCCUUCUGUUGCAGUGAAUGGUCUAGAAAUGGUACCAGUGUGUUCAGGAGGCAGACCUCUCCUCUGUGCGAUUGCUUUUGAAUGGGGGAGAGCCCCUCAGGCAAUGCUGAAUAUAGCCUUAAAAUGUCUGUCACGGUCCCACUUACAGCCUCGCAAAGCAAAUGGUCGUACACAUGGAUGCUUCUUGGGCGGCCACAUACGCACACGCGCCAGGCUUUGUGGCUGAGGGCUCUGCUGCUCAUGUUUGGAGUUUUCUUCCAUGCUUCCCUGCUGCCUAAGGUCUCCUUGGGUCUUGAAAGGGGCACUGGUACCUAAGAAUCCUUCCCAAUCUCCAUAUUAGUCGUUUACAAAAUAAAAGGUGCUAUAAAAAGCUGGCUUUAUUCUUAAAGGCAGCCAUUUCUAGAUGUGACCCUCUCAGCAACGUAAGACUGGUGUGCCUGACUUUGGAGCAAACGGAUCCCAGCAGUGAGCUGAGAUAUGCUUCCUCUAGAAAACUGCACAGACUGUCCUCCCAGUCCAAAUGCACAAAUGGCAGGUCCGUGGCCCUCUUAGGAUCACCUUGGAGCACUGUGGGCACCCAUUUUCCAGUGUCACCUGCCUCUACACAAGGGACAGCCAACUGCUCCAGGGCCAUUUGCACUGUGGGCUUCCUGCUCUUAGUGAAGGCAGGAGGACGUGCCUUUUUCCUGGAAUCCUUUUGCUUCCAGCUUGACUGUUGCAGCAGUGAGCUCCAGGCACCUGUGCGACAGACAUGCCCAGGAGUGUCAAGCCUGACCACCAGCCCCUUCCCUUGAUUUUCUAGCCGUUAACUGCCCAGUGUGUGGUGUUUGUUUUUAGGACUGGCUGUGGUCAGCUUUCAGCUGAAGAGGUUUAAAUGGGGCUCACCUCAGCGCUUGUGUCUCUGACAGCGUGUCUCCUCCUCCUCCUCCUCCUCCUCCUGUGGAGCACUUUAACUGCAGCUCCCCUUCACCACAUCCCAAUACUGACAGAUGGUUUGCUGGAAUAUCCUUCCUUCAAAUGGAAGCAACUUCACACUUAAAAUAUCAAAGCACUAUUUUUAAAACACUAGUAGGAGUUCUCACAGCUAAAAUUCUAAGAUGCAAAGGAUGUUAACUAGGUUGAUAAAAACCUAACUGAGUAUAUACCCACUGGUAUAUAUUCCCUCCGAGAGGAGAGCAGGCACUGGAAGCAUCUAAGCUGCUGUACUGGCCUUGUGCCAUAAUUGUCUCCAUCAGCCAGCAAGGCCUAUCUGCUCUUUUUUGUGUCUGUGACCUUGGAAUAAUAAACCAGUGCUUUGCUUCAUUCAAAAGGAAAAGUGACUUGGUUGCACAUAAAAUUGGCUUUAAGGAAAUAGGGUAUGAGAAACUGAGAAUGUGAGCUAGUGGUGUAAGUGAAGCUACAGAAUCUUAACUCUAAAUCCUGUAGUAGGAAGCAGAGAUUUGAGUUCUUAAAAACCAUUUGUUUAAGGAAUGCUCUUUAAUGCAAAAGUAUAUCCUUCUCCUCUUGCCUGGCUUAAAAAAAAUACACUUCUGAUCUACUAAUGUUGGUAUCACACAUUCAUCACAAAGUAACUUUUUUGUAGUAAAACAUCCUCUCCCCACACUCCUUUUUGGUGCUACUGAACUGUUUACAUGGGAGCAGCCCUUUUACUACCUGUUUAGAAGACACCCUUUAUUUACUAAGCCCUGGUCCUGAGACAUUUGGUACAAGCUCUGUCCUUGCUACAUCAGUUGUGACUCUGAUACCUUGCUCUCUGCUCUCCUGCAUUACAUGGUAUACAGGUGGCAUUUUCAAUGUGAAUCCAAAGCUUGUCAGGUCCUUUACAUUUUGUUUUGCCUUUUAUGUUCUUUUCAUUGUGAUAAUGCUGUAUUUAAAGAGGAUAUUUAAGUGUAAAAAUAAAAAAAAAAUGCUUGAACUUGCA